CGCUUUGCCCGCCCGGCCCGGCGCGGCGCGGCCCGGCCCGGCGCGGCGGGUCCGGCUGCGGAGGUGGGCGAUGGCCGAGUCGCCGGAGGAGGUGGCGGUGCUGGUGCAGCGGGUGGUGAAGGACAUUCGCAACGCCUUCCAGCGGAACCCUCACAUAGAUGAAAUUGGAUUAAUACCCUGCCCUGAAGCCAGGUAUAACCGGAGCCCUAUCGUCCUCGUAGAAAACAAGCUUGGUGUGGAAAGCUGGUGUGUCAAGUUUCUUUUGCCAUAUGUCCACAAUAAACUUGUCCUCUACAGACAAAGAAGACAAUGGCUGAACAAAGAUGAGCUGAUAGAUAUCACAUGUACCCUGUUGCUGCUGAACCCCGACUUCACCACUGCUUGGAACGUGAGGAAAGAAUUAAUACUGUCUGGCACUUUAAAUCCACUUAAAGAUUUGCAUCUUGGAAAACUCGCAUUAACCAAGUUUCCAAAGAGUCCAGAAACAUGGAUUCAUAGACGAUGGGUGCUGCAACAACUAAUUCAGGAAAACUCCUUGCCCAGUCUUGUGACUAAAGGAAACUUGGGAGCAGCACCUGUGGAGAGAAUUCACCGACUAGUGCAGGAGGAAAUGAAUGUCUGCUCUGAAGCUGCUGGGAGAUAUCCAAGCAACUACAAUGCCUGGUCCCAUCGCAUCUGGGUUUUACAGCAUUUGGGAAAGCUGACUGUCAAGGUUCUCCUCGAUGAGCUUUCAUCCACUAAAUACUGGGUAUCCAUGCAUGUCUCAGACCAUAGCGGAUUUCAUUACCGCCAGUUCUUACUCAAGUCCUUGAUAGGCAGAACUGUGACUGACAGUAAUGUACUGGUACAAAAUCAAAUCAUAAAUGAGCAAAACCCUAGCCUUCAAAAGGAGGAGGAGAGUGCAGGGGCAGAAGCUGCCUGUGCAGAGGAGCAGAGCGUGGAUCUCCCCCGCCAUUUAGAGGAAGAAUUGGAGCUCUGCACUGAACUGAUUGACAGUUACCCAGGGCAUGAAACCUUGUGGUGUCAUAGAAGGUGUGUGUUCUACCUUCAGCACCACCUAAGCAACAAAAUUCCUCUUCUGAGUGCAGUGGUAUCUUCUGUGGACAGCAGUGAUGAAACUCUGAAUAAUUCCCACCACAGUCCUGCAACAAGUCCCAUGGCACAAGCUAUGGAUGUUGAUGGUUUGAAUGAAUCCAGCAGCAAACAAGGUUAUACCCAAGAAACAAAACGCCUGAAGCGUGCUCCUAUGCAGGACUCUUUUGGUCCAGAAGUGGAAUACCAGUUCAUUGAUAAAGUAUUAUCAACUUGUAGGGAUGCGGACCAAGCCAGGUUUGCUACUGCUUAUAGGAAAUGGUUAGUUACUUUUUUAGGUCAGUGAAGGAAGAGUUUAAAGCCUUCAGGGUUCUUUUAGUGCAAUAUUCUCUUUUUAGACACAAAUGCAUGUCUUGGUUGCAAGUGUUAGCUAACCAUGUGUUUCUCACUCUUUUAAUGGUCAGUCCUAAAGUUCAUAUUCAGAUUAGAAGUCUCUCACUUUAUUUAUUAAAGAACUGGUGUACCUUUGUAUUAAGCAAAUGCAGUUUGUUCUUUAAUCUUUUUAAGAAAUCACUUUGUCAGCUUCCUACCGUGCCAUUUUCUUAUUUUCUAACUUCUGCAUUAAGGUGGACUCUGAAUCAUUUGGCUUUAAAAAAAAAAGCAACAACAAAAAAAAGGAAAAAAGUCUCAAAUGCUUUUGAGACAGCAUGUCUGGAAAAAGAAUAGGAGGAUCUGUCAGUAUCAACUAAACCUGUUUCCAGGUUGCUCCUCUUUACUAUAGUGGCAUCUUGCUGAUACAUUAUUGGAUUCAGACUGUAUUUGGUGAGUGCUAUUACUUUUGUAUUAGCAACCUUUGGUAGAACACCAGACUACAGUGUUUCUUUCUCAAGGCUCCAACACUGUUUUCCAACACCUUUUACUAUUAUAACUAUUCUACUAUUGUAACUCGAUUUUUGCUUGCUUAUUAGUUGUCACAUGAAUUUGAUAGGAAUGUCUGUGAAGUUGAAAUCCUGAAAAGCAGAUAGAGGAAAAUGUGACACAAAAUAGUUCAAACACACGUUCACGCUUACACUUACAUUCAAUGCUAUGUUUGGAAAUACUUUUCUUAGAACAGACUGCUUUACCUUCAUUUCCUACUUGGUAUUUAUUUAUUUUAUCUCAACAAUCCAGAAUUAAUGGCACUUGAUACACAUUUCUGAAUGUAUUAUGUAUACUGCAGAAUCUCAGCCUGCUAAACCACACAUUGGUAACUUGUACUUAACCAAGACCAUACAAGUCCACUAGAUAAUGGGAGUAAAAACUCUUCUGACUGGUCACUGAGACUAUACAAUUCAAAAAAAAGACAGCAGGAGGGAGCUAUCUCUUCACUUUUGUUCUUUUGCAGAGCUUCAGUCUUUGAGGGUUUUUUUGACUCUUCCUUAAAAGCACUUCUCCAACCAUACAUCUCUGUUUACAUUAACUGUAAAUUUUAAGGGAAUUUGAAACACAUUUCUACUCCAGUGAAAUUAAACAUGAAUGGUUUAUUUUGUCAUUUCCUUAGAACUUGUCUAUAUAAGGGAUUUUUUACACUAAUGGAAUUGUGCUGGUCCAAAGAGCCAGGGGAGAAACAUUGUACAAGUGUAGAAGUUUGUACAAUGGCAACAUCGCCUCUGUUCCAAACAGACUAUUCACUGAGGGGAUUAGAUUUUCAAGCUAGAGUCUUUGCCAAAAUUGCUUUAUGUUUCUCCUGCCCAAAGUGCCUCCUGACUGUGAUAAGAUUCAAGCUGCUGUUUCUGUUGGGCAGAGAGCGCAACAAUGAGGGAGAAAAAAACCAGGUAGCCUGCUCAAAGGUAUAAUUUGGAAGGAAAAAAGGCACUCGAAACAUGCAGAAUUCCAACAGUUCUAAAUAAUUUGAUGGAUGGGGGUUAGUCUUGCAUUUCAAAAUGAAAAUAGACCACCUCUAGUCUUAGAGAGUAUGUUCGGAACUCAUUUCAGGCACAGAGUAGCUAACAGAGUCAUUUAUAAAUGUACACUCUUCUGUUUACAGUAUCUAGAUAAGACUGACUUAGGCUUUAGCAUCUCCAUGGCAAACCUUUGUCUCAGUGGGCAUCCAUACCUGCCUCUGUAUAGCUAGGGACGACUUAAAUGCCUGUUUGUUUUGAGGUACUCAGGGAUGUUUUCUUGGUUGAUGGUUUUAGUUGCAGAAGAACGUAAUCAAUGUGUGAAGGAGGUGUGGGAAUGGCUUGAGAGGAUAAUUUUGUCAUAAGAUUCUGUCUCUAUUGACCACUGACAAAUGGGUAGGUUCAGGUACAAACCAAAGUCUGAACUUAAGUUCUUAACUCAAGCAAGAACUUUUACCCAUCCCAGAGGACUUGAUGCUUUUUGAUUAUGAAAGAUACAUUAAAGCAUGUGUAGAAGCCUGGGUCAGCUUGAUUAACAGUAUCCCACUAAUGAGUAGUAUGAACCUGGAAAGUAUGAAGUCAGCUGGCAAUGUAUUAAGGAUUAUGUUCUUGGUCCUGGAUUACUUAGUAAUGUAGUUAUGUGUUCUGUUUACCUUGGCAAAAAUUACCUGUUCAUGAGAAAAAUAUUAGCGUCAGGAGCAGACUUGCAAGUGGGAGCAUGAUAAGAAGUAUUUCUUGAACUGUGGAAGGGAAGACGUGCUCUCUUCUUGCACUAGAAUGACUGAGGUUUUUAGAGGAAAAAAAUUAUAUUAGAACCUGUCUUGAAACCCGUUAUGUAUUUCUUCCAGACUAUAAUCUGAAGUCUUAGUUGGCUUUCUUAGAGCUAUAUCGUGGAAGUACUGUGCUAUUGAAUUUGACAAUCUUUCCAUCGUGAGCACUUAAGAUCAAACAGCUGCCCUCAUAUACAGGUGUACAGUUCCUAUUCAUGUCAGCACGAGUUAUGCAUGCUUGUAGGAAGACAAGAUUUGGUCCUAUGUAGCUGAACAGAGUUGCAUUGUAUUUUCAUACUUGGAAAAUGUUCUGAGAGCUCUGAUUAAAGAUGAUGCUGAUAUUUGUAUUACUUUUACAAAACACUGAUGGCUGUAGUAUGACUCUUAAGUGUGGGUUUUUAAAGCCUACACAAUAAAAGUGAAAUUGAAACAAGUCUUAUCUUCCGCUUUGAAAGAAAUGCAAACAAUAAGCUGUCUAAAUGGAGCUUUAAUUUUUUCAUGGUAACAAUAUAAAUUACAUGAAAGAAGAAAAUACAUAACUAAAUUACUUCAAGCUGUCAGUGUCCUGAAGCCUCUUACAUGAAAUAAUUGAAGGGAUGCUUCCAGCAAAUUGCAUUAAGCUUACAACUGUGUCAUGUUUUGGCACUGUGAUCUUUGAAACAUACCUGUCUAACCAUUCAGUAUCACUGCAGAGGCCCAUGUGGGCACCGCUUGAAGAAAAGUAAAGUGGCUUCAGGCCAUUGGUACUUAACAUGCAUUAAGGUUACCAAGUACAGCUACUUUAGGUUGUGUAUUUCAGUUGUUUCGUGUGUCAGAGGAUUAUAAUGUGGUCAGUGAACAUUCUUGCAGAGAAAAUGUCCAACAGAAGCUGCAGAAGACAAGGCUCUCACUCUGAAGUUCCUUCAAAUAUAAGAUCAAACUUUGUAAAUGUCUUCAUAUAAAGUUCAGCAUCUUUACUGAUUUUAUCUUCUGCUAUAGUAUGUGUCAUCUGAAUUUAUACAAAUUCUUUUUGUUCACUGGAUUAGUCUUUGCAGAAAUUUCUUUGUGCUAGAAACAAAGGGUUUUGAGGAACAAAAGUAAUUUGAAACUACAGAAAUUAGAAUAGAAGGAAUCACAUUUUUAAGGGGUUGAAUUCUCUGCUGCUAAAUACAUUAACUGUUAUUUCAUUGGCAUUUGGUUUAUCGUGUGUUACAGUCACUGGAGCAACACAUGCAGCAUUAAUGACAGCUACAAUAUACAAAAAACUUGUAUAAAGUUGUUAUUGGAAUGCAUUGCUAUAGCUGCUCUGAUUAAUAUUCGUUAAUCUACUCAUGCCUGCUUAUUAAGUGUUUUAUUGACUUCUUACAUAUUCUUUACACAAUCAAAUCCUUGUGUCAUUUAAAUAGGGAGAAAAGUAAAUUGUCAGUUUAUACUGUUUGAUUAAUUACCUUAUAUAGAACUUGUUUUAAGACAAGCAGAGUGGUAAUAUAGUGAGAAAGCUUAGGUUCAGUCUUACAAUCAAAAUUUCUGGCAUUUCCAGUUUUGUGUUAGUGCUGCUUAAUUAGAAUGUGUAGCUAGUCUUUAUGAACAAGAGUGAGUUUUUUCUGAAGUAGAUAAUUAAUGAAUUUUUAAAACAGUACUGUAUAAUAUUGAUGACCAGAAACAAAGGGGUUUGGAAAGGCUUGUCUGCAUAGCUGGACUUAACAAGCAUACUUUUUCAGAAUAACAUAUAAUAGAAUGCACAAAAUGUGACUACCAGAGAAUAAUUUAAGUGGUGAGUCUUCAGAGACUUGAUGAUUGAAUUUUUGGACAAGGUUGGUUGCUUAGUUUUGUUUUGCCUUCUGUGAGGAAAGAAUGUUCCUUAGUUUUUUUAAUUUAAUAGAAGUGAAAUGUUGCACUUACAGCAUGGGGAAAAAAAUCCCUCAACUCCUGAGCUGUAUCUUCUAGAGCAAUUUUGGAAAAAGCAGUGAAGUGUAGAUGUGACUUUUAAAUGCAUGUUUGUCCUGUACUCAUUUGGUGAUGAGAGGUCUUUACAAUUAGAUCUUACUGUUUUAUUAAUGUCAGAUAUAAAGGAAAGAGGGUAAUUCACCUAUUCUCAAAUGCACUUAACAUUCAAGUUAGUUUCAAAGGAAGUUCAGUGUCCCUGUCUAAGAUAAUUUUCCUUCUUUUUUUUUCCCUAUGUGCUGAGGUGUGUUUCCUUCCCAACCUCUUCUCUGUUCUUCCAACCAGCAAAGAAGAAUGUAGCAAAGCAUUGGUGAGGUGGCCUCUUUUCAUGUUUAGGUAACUCUGACUACCUCCCAAAAAGUGCUGUGAUUGAUGUCCUGAAGUGGAGUUCGUCAGGCUCAAUUUUUUCAGAACCUCAUGCUAGGCCUACAUCCUCUUUCAGAGGUGAAAUGCAAGAGCUUUAUCUAUGAAGCCAUCUAGUUUCCCCAGGAGAGUUUAAAGGAGAAAA